AUGCUUCAUAUUAGUCUACAAGACCUCUUCAAAUUUGUGAAGGAAGUCGACGAUCAACACUGCUGGUUGACAGCUUUCAGAUAUGACAUAGCAGUCAGGCAAAUUGUUGUUGGACAUCACGUAAACGGCUGUCCACAAGAUCCAUCGCUCAAACGACCAGAACAAGUCGAGAUAGCGAAGAAUCAGACUGAAACCCUAAGAGACGGGUUCGACAUGCGUCACAGAAACCCAUAUGCAAGAGGUCAGAAAUGGGAACACAAGAAUCCCAUCACGGGCAAAUGGUACACAGAAGGCCAAAGUCACGAUAACUUGGGAAAUGAAGAAGACACAGUUGAAGAGGAUUACAUCCCAAAAGGAAAGAUAAGAGCGAACAACUUUUGGAAAAGUAGAGAGAACGCUCUUGACGACAAUAACACCAGUUUUAGAGGUAGAGGUAAUAGAUGUAGAUCUUUCAGGGGAAGAAGGUUGAGAUCUCCAUAUCAAAAGGAUGAUAGGGAAGUCACCUAUGAAGAAAGAGCCUUCAAUGAUAAAGGAAAGAGCCCUGCCCAGUCAACCUCGAAAAGCAAGGACAAAGAUGUGUGA